AUGGCAGACGGACGAGUACCUCAAACUCGUCCGUCCGACCACUAUCAGCUGGAAGGUGAGGCAAUUUGGACACCAGCUGGGCGCUCACAAUCACAAUCGCGCACGCGUCUUCAGCCGGCCCGUGUGGCCGUCACCAGCUAGCAGGGUAACAGUUAGCAAUCCUGCAAAACAACAAGAAGCGGAAAAGUGGCAAAAGGGAAAACGGCGGCGAUGAGAGUGAAUAAAAGCAAAGUGGCGCUGGGCUUCAUGGUCGCGGGGAUCUUCGCGUUGGUAUUCGGGACCGUCCUGGCCAUCGUGGGUCCGCUCAUUAUCGAUGAGCAAAUUGUUAAGAACACUGUGAUUGACCCGAAGAACGAGAUGUCGUACCGUAUGUGGAAGGACGUCCCGGUGCCGUUCUACAUGUCGGUCUACUUCUUCAACGUCCUCAACCCCAAGGAAGUCCUGAGCGGCGAGAAGCCCAUGCUGGAGCAGCGAGGCCCUUACGUGUACAGGAAGCGCAUCCAAAAGGAAAACGUCACAUUCCACGCCAACAACACGGUAACCUACCGAGAGUACCGAACCUACUUCUUCGAGCCCAGCAUGUCGGCCGGAAACGAGUCCGAUGUGGUCACCAUCCCCAACAUGCUGGUACUGGGCGCGGCGGUGAUGAUGGAGAACCUUCCGUUCACCGUGCGUCUGAUGAUGAGCGCCACCUUCAAGGCAUUCAAAGAGGGGGCCUUCCUCACAAAAACGGUGGGUGAGCUCAUGUGGGGCUACGACAGCGGCUUGGUGGACUUCCUCAACAAGUACCUGCCUGGGAUGCUCCCCUCCUCCGGGAAGUUCGGACUCUUCAGCGAGUUCAACAACUCGGACUCGGGCCUGUUCACCAUCUUCACGGGUCAGGAUGAUAUCCGCAACGUGCACAAGGUGGACUCGUGGAACGGCCUCAGGGAGCUGAACUACUGGCGUACGCCUCAGUGCAACAUGAUCAACGGCACGGCGGGUCAGAUGUGGCCGCCCUUCAUGACCAAACGCUCCACGCUGCCCUUCUACAGUCCCGAUGCCUGCAGGUCAAUGGAGCUGGUGUACCAGCGGCCGGGCAGCUUGAAGGGCAUCCCCUUGUACCGCUACGUGGCGCCCAAGACGCUCUUCGCCAAUGGCAGUGACUACGCACCGAAUGAGGGAUUCUGCCCCUGCCGCCAGUCGGGUCUGCUCAACGUCAGCAGCUGCCGCCAUAAUUCUCCCGUCUUCAUUUCGCAUCCUCACUUCUUCAACGCCGAUCCCGUCCUGCUGAACUUUGUGCACGGGCUCCAUCCCAACGAGGACCAGCACGGACUCUUCAUAGACAUCCACCCUCAAACGGGCGUCCCUCUCAACGUGUCCAUCCGCUUGCAGCUCAACCUUUACAUCAAGCGGGUGUCAGGAAUUACCGAGACUGGAAAGAUCCCAGAGACCAUCAUGCCCAUGAUUUGGUUUGAGGAGAGCGGUUUCAUCGACGGGCCCAUCUUGGACACUUUCCACACCAACCUGGUGGUCCUGCCCGCCAUCAUGGAAGUGAUGCAGUACGGCUUCAUCGCACUCGGCCUCGCCACAGUCAUCGUCGCCGCCCUUGUCCGGCACAGGAUCCGUAAGGCAACCUAUGAAACUUCCACUCAGGGCAACGGCACCCCAACGAAAAGCAUGCAGGGAGACUCGGACAAGUGAAGCUGUUGGCGGCACCGCGCCAGAUGCGUCCGCCCGCCCGAGAUGACCGCCACGAACAGCCCACACUCACUUGUCUCUCGGCACCCUGACGCCUGACUUGUUGUCGCCAUGGAAACAAGCACAGGCCAAAGCGACUUCAUAAUCGCUGAUUGGGUGUGGGGGGGGUUUUCUCUUUUUUGGCGGGAGUUGAGACCGUCGUCAUGGAGAUGAAACAACUGCCCCACUUGCUGUUUUUGAAAGUUGUUUGAAGGUGUUAAGACAUUUGCACAAAAACGCUGCCACAUCAAUUUGACUUUGUUGUUCCUUUUGUAUGUAACGUUCAUAUGGAUUACAUCCUGUUUCUGCACCUAAGGCACAAUAAACAUGGUGUGAUGACAA